AUGUCGCGCGCGGCUCUCAGGACGCUCGUCGCGCGCGCGCCGCCGCCGACGAUCGCCCCGUCGCGCGUGGCGUCGCGGCGGAACGUCUCCGUCGCGACGCGCGCGCGCGCGCCGCCGGUCGCGGACGACGACGACGACGACCACGACGCGGGCUCCGACGACGCCCCGACCACGACGUCAUCAGGGCCGUCGUCGACCUCGCCGGCGGGCCGCCCGCGCCCCUCGAUCGUCGUCCUCGACGGCGCGAACCUCGCGUGGACGUACUCCGCGUCGCUGUACGCGAAGCACGGCUGCCGGACGCGCCUUCCGCUGUCGCGCGGCGUCGCGCUCGCGCUCGAGUGCGACGCGUGGGCGUCGAUGCGGCUCACGCCGCACGCGUUCAUUCCCCGCUCCUACGUCGAAGGGCCGCUGCACGGCCUGUGCGACGGCGGCUCGCUCGAGACGCUCGUCCCGGGGAACGUGGAGUACCUCGGGAACGCGACGUGGAGAAACACGGUGCUGCACGACUUCGCGCGGCGCGGGAUGCUGACGACGGUGACGCGCGCGCCGAACGCGAGGGACGCGGACGACAAGCGCAUCAUCGCGUUCGCGUUAGGUGCGUCCCAUACACUGGUCCCCAUACGACCGCGUCGGCGUGGUGAACGCCGAUCCUUGAGGACUUCGCCCAGCGCAUCUCUCCGCCCACCCCUCGCUUUCAAUCCCCGCCUUCGACGCCUUUCAACUCCGCUUCUGACGCCUUUGAACUCCACCCCGACAUUCGCUCGUAUGGAACGACCCUCAGAGCGCGACGCGGUCGUGUGCAGCAACGACCGGUACGAAGACCACAACUCAGGCGGUGGCUGA